UACUAUCAUCAUUACGGCGGGAGCGAUGAGGCCCCGCCCCCGCCGUGUAGUCCUGAACAGACGGUGAGACGCAGCUCCCAGCUUUCCAUCAUCACUCGCUGGAGAGAAAAAAAUGCGAGCUGGAAGCGGUGAGAAAAAAAUGUCCACCGGGGCGGCUCUCCCUCCGCAGCAGACAUGAGAGCAGCCUCGGCCGCCGUCUUCCAGUCUCCAGCGAGUCGCUCUCACCAUGCGGAUCCACGGCAAAGUAGUUGCGAUCGCCGUGUGCUUCGGAGUUUUCCUACUUUUGUACUUUUGGGGGGGCAACGCCGCCGACGAUCCGCUGCUGGGGGAAGUUGGAGAGGGCUCGGAAGAGGACGAAGAGGAGGACGGUGAAUCCUCCCCGCCGCCGUCCGAGUUCGGAGGCAACGAGGCUGAAAAGUUUGCGGGGAAAGAGAGGUGGGGCGGCGUGCACGCGCAGCAGAGAAAAGCGGACUCUAAUGUGGCCCGACCCUUGACCAAGCGCACCAGGGAUGAGGAGUUGAUGCACUUGGCCGUGGUGGCAUGUGGCAGCCGUCUGGAUGAAACCCUCACUAUGAUCAAAUCGGCCCUGCUGUUCAGCAUUAAGAAGAUCAAGUUUCACAUUUUUUCUGAGGACUCCUUGGCUCCACAGUUUGAGGAAAGGCUGAACCUUUGGCCCCACUCUGUCAUCGUGAAGUUCCACUUCAGCAUCUACCCCAUCUCCUUCUCCGUGGGAAACGCAGAAGAGUGGAAGAAGCUCUUCAAGCCAUGUGCGGCUCAGAGACUCUUCCUCCCUAUCAUACUGAAAGACGUGGACUCGUUACUCUACGUGGACACUGAUGUGCUGUUUUUGCGACCCAUGGACGAUAUUUGGAGUUUCCUCAAGUCCUUUAAUGAGACCCAGCUGGCAGCCAUGGCGCCGGAACACGAGGUGCCAAAGAUCGGAUGGUACAGCCGCUUCGCCCGCCAUCCUUUCUACGGAAUGACAGGGGUCAACUCUGGCGUCAUGCUGAUGAACCUCACAAGGAUCCGCAGCACUCUCUUCAAAAACAGCAUGAUCUCCAGCGGCUUGUCGUGGGAGGAUCUUCUGCAUCCACUCUAUCAGAAGUACAAGAGCCACAUUACGUGGGGAGACCAGGACCUUCUCAACAUCAUCUUCCAUGACAACCCAGAGUGUCUGUUCGUCUUUCCGUGUCAGUGGAACUACAGACCGGACCACUGCAUGUACGGGAGCAACUGUAAAGGCGCCGAGGAGGAGGGCGUGUCCAUCCUGCACGGCAACCGUGGAGUGUAUCACGACGACAAGCAGCCAGCCUUCAAAAUAAUCUACGACGCCAUCCACGAUUUCCCCUUCGAGGACAACAUGUUCCAGUCGCUCUUCUACCCGGUCCAGAGCAGGUUCCUGGACACGGUCAACACGCUGUGCGGACGCCUCCCCCAGGUCUUCCUCAAGCAGAUAGGGAAGACCAUGAAGAGCGCUUUUGAGAGGAAGGUGGUGCGCCACGCCAGACCUCAAAGUUAACAGCCAAAGAACUUGUUGCCCCAUGCUGUGCAUUUGAAGCAGACGGAAUCUGUGAAGAAGCGUGAACUCUACGGUGUCACUGUGGUGUCGAUUUAGAAAUAAAAAUAAACCAAAAAAAAAAAAAGUUUAUGUUAAGAAAAAUGCUCAUCUCAAGCAUUUCAAAGAAACUAAAAUGAACAUUUUUAAGGAAUUGUUUGGAAGCAGACCUUGGACAGUUCACUAAAUGGUGAACAUCUUAGCAUCACCGUGAAAUGUGAACAAACCACCACUGUCAGUAUUAAAUGUUUUUAUGUGAAGUAUUUGAAAGCACUUUUUAAAAAAAAAAGUUCUCUUUUUUUUAGACCGUGAGACUUUGCCUGACCGAGUCGAACAGAAUGUGCAAGAUGUUGGAGUGAAGCUUAAACGCCAUAUUGAUGUUGAUGUGUGCCAUGUUUACCAUACAAAAGAAAUGCAUUUGUGUGUGGGGGUGUGAGAGCUUGUGAUAUGAAUCUGUGCUGUUAAUGACCUACAUGCGUCACAUGGAAAAGUUUGUGCAGUCUACAUAUGUUUUCAGAUUAAAAGUUAUGCAAUAAACUGAA